GGAGAGCUCGCUCCGCCCCUUUCCGGCCUCCCAGCGCCAAAUUCAAACACACCGCCAUUUUGCUCGAACUCAGGGUAGCUGCUCUUCUUUUGGGACCAGGGUUGGGGGGCUUAGGUUUUGGGAGCGGGAGCGUCAUGGCACCUGGUGUCAAAGACAGUUUACGUGCUGUAACACCAUCACAAUCUAACCAAGUAAGCAAUGAGGGUGAUGUCAUCAAAGUUUUUAUAAGAGUCCGUCCCCCUACUGAAGGGCCCAUGCUCAAUGAUGGAGAGCAUUCUGGCUUGUGUUUAUCAGUGCUUACCUCCAAUACCCUCCGCCUGCAUUCUAAACCUGAGCCCAAAAUCUUCACAUUUGAUCAUGUUGCAGAUAUGGACACUACUCAGGAGUCGAUAUUUUCGAGUGUGGCUAAAAGCAUUGUUGAAUCCUGUAUGAAUGGCUACAAUGGUACCAUCUUUGCAUAUGGACAAACUGGCUCAGGAAAAACAUUUACUAUGAUGGGACCAUCUGAAUCUGAUAAUUUCACUCAUAACCUCAGAGGAGUAAUUCCCAGAAGUUUUGAAUAUCUCUUUUUUUUAAUUGAUCGUGAAAAGGAGAAGGCUGGUUCCGGGAAGACUUUCCUUUGUAAGUGCUCAUUCAUUGAAAUUUACAAUGAGCAGAUAUUUGAUCUUUUGGAUUCUGCCUCUUCUGGGCUGUUAUUAAGGGAACACAUCAAAAAGGGUGUCUGUGUUGUUGGUGCUGUUGAACAGGUGGUGACGUCUGCAGCUGAAGCGUAUCAGGUAUUAUCUGGAGGAUGGCGAAAUAGACGUGUGGCAGCUACAUCUAUGAAUAGAGAAUCUUCCAGGUCUCAUGCUGUCUUUACAAUUACAAUAGAAUCGAUGGAGAAAAACAAUGAUGUUGUCAAUAUUCGUUCCUCCCAGCUCAACCUAGUAGACUUAGCUGGAUCUGAAAGACAAAAAGAUACACAUACAGAAGGUUUGAGAUUGAAGGAAGCUGGCAAUAUAAAUCGAUCAUUGAGCUGCCUGGGUCAAGUAAUUACAGCACUUGUUGACGUUGGUAAUGGAAAGCAGAGACAUGUGUGCUACCGGGACUCGAAACUUACUUUCUUACUACGGGAUUCUCUUGGAGGUAAUGCCAAAACAGCCAUAAUUGCAAAUGUCCACCCUGGGUCCAAAUGUUUUGGAGAAACUCUCUCAACUCUUAACUUUGCUCAGAGAGCAAAGCUGAUUAAAAACAAGGCUGUGGUAAAUGAAGACACACAAGGAAAUGUGAGCCAGCUUCAAGCUGAAGUGAAAAAGCUUAAGGAACAGUUGGCUCAGCUGGCCACGGCCCCCCGUGCUGUUCCAGAUGAAGAAAAUACUAAUUACAUGAACUAUUUUAGAGAGGCAAUGUUAUUCUUGAAGAAAUAUGAACAUGAAAAAAAGUCUUUAUUAGAAAAAGUUGCACAGUUGGAAGAUCUCAGCGUCAAGAAGGAAAAAUUCAUUCAAUCCAAUAAAAUGAUUGUUAAAUUUCGGGAAGAUCAUAUAAUGCGCUUAGAGAAACUCCAGAAAGAAGCAAGGGGGAGUUUUCUACCAAAAGAACAGGAUGAGCUGUUCCAUGAAUUAAGGGAAGAGAUUCAAACUUUGCGAGAACAGAUAGAACAGCACCCUCGUAUUGUGAAAUAUGCCAUGGAAAACCACUCUCUCCGGGAGGACAACAAGCGACUUCGGUCCUUAGAAUCUGUGAAAAAAGUCCAAGAAAUGGAUGCACAAACAAUUGAAAAAUUAGAGAAAGCUUUCUUUGAAAUUUCUGACACAGCAAAAAAUGAUAAAGAUCAUCAAGGGCAUCUGACAUCUUCCUCAGAAUCUAGCUCUUCAGCAUCAGAAGAGAAACUAAGAGCACAGCUUCUGCAAACACAGGGUGAAUUGAAUAAUUCAAAGCAAGAAUAUGAAGAAUUCAAAGAGCUCACCAAGAAAAGGCAGCUGGAACUGGAAUCAGAGCUUCAAUCCCUGCGCAAAGCGAACCGGAGUCUAGAAAGCAUCUUAGAGGCCACCAAAGCAUCCAAGCGCCAGGAAGUGUCUCAGCUGAAUAAGAUCCACACGGAGACCCUGAAGAUCAUAACUACUCCAACGAAGGCUUAUCAGCUUCGGUCUCGAUUGGUACCUCGACUAAGCCCUGAAAUUCUGAACUUUACCCCCUUGGAUACUCAGAACACAAAUGACUUCCAUAAUGAUAUAUUCAACGAGCCAGUUCCUCCAGAGAUGAAUGAACAAGCUUGUGAAGCCAUUUCUGAGGAGCUCAAAGUAGUACAGGAGCAGCUGAGUGUCCUUCAGACCAAGCUGGAUGAAGAAGAAAGUAAAAACGUGAAGCUGCAGCAGCACAUCGACAAAGUGGAGCAUCAUGCCGCACAAACCCAGGAGCUCUUUUCUUCAGAGAGAACUGAUUGGCAUAAACAGCAACAGGAGUAUCUUGCACAAUUGAGUUCCCUUGAACAACAGCUCCGAGAUGCUCUCAGCAAAAAUGAGUUAAUGACAAGUGAAAUACAGGACCUGCGUAUAGUUCUUCAGUCUGCAGAUAAGGAACUGUCUUCAGUAAAAUUGGAAUGCUGUUCAUUAAGAGAAAAUAAGGAAAAGGAGCUUAGUCAGCUUUCCCAGAAACAUAUGGAUGUACAGCUUCAAUUAGAUAAUGUCAGAUUAGAGCAUGAAAAGGUGCUUGAAACAAAAGCCUGCCUGCAGGACUCCUAUGAUAACCUCCAGGAAGUGAUGAAAUUUGAGACUGAUCAGCUUUCCAAAGAACUCCAAGACAGCCAAGAAGCAAAUGCUACUCUGCGAACCGAACUCAGUAGUUUGUUGGAGCUUUUGGAAACAGAAAAAGAACGUAAUAACAAGUUGAUAUCGAAAUUGGAAGAAGACAAAGAAAAUAAUUCUAAGAAGUUCUUAGAAAUUCUUGAUUCAGUACAACAGGAAAAACAGAAGGAGACUGCUAAGUGUGAGCAGCAGACAGCAAAAAUAGAGAAACUAGAACAGAGCUUGUCUGUGGCUGAGAACACUAUUGCCUCUCUGGAAAAGACCAAGGCUGCUGACCAGGAAGCUGUGAUUGACCUCAUGAGUCAGAUCCAGGACCUGAGAGCAUCUGUUAGUCAGAAAAAUGGGAAUAUAGAUAUGUUAACAAGAGAACUAGAAGACAUUACAAGCAAAUAUAACUCUACCUUGACUGAAAAAGAUGACUGUAAAGCAGAUUUAAAGAAACAAGAACAACAGAUUAUGGAUCUUAAACAAUCUCUUGAUUUGAGAAAAUUGUCUGAUGAUAUCGAGAGAGACAUGUUGAGUGAAGAUCUGGCCCAUGUCACUGACCAGCUAAACAAAUUAACAGAAGCCUCUAAAAAGCAUGCUCUGUUGCUUCAGUCUACCCAGGAAGAACUAGCAAAGAAAGAAGCUUUCAUUGAGGAACUUCAGGAACAGCUAAGCCAAAAAGUUAAAGAACUGGAACAGAGGAAGAAUGCAUAUAGUUUGAAAAUGAGACACCUAGAAUGUGUGAUGGAUUCUGCUUCUGGAUUUCCACAGAGUCCUAAAACUCCACCUAGUUUUCAAACAAAUUUGGCAAAGCUCCUAGAAACACAAGAGCAAGAAAUAGAAGACCGAAGAGCCUCCACAAUCUCCUUGCAGCAUCUUGUAACAAAACUGAAUGAAGAAAGAGAUGUCAAAAACAUUGAAAUCCUUAGACUGAAGGAGCAAUUACAUGAAUUAGAGAAAACACGCUUAGAACUUCAGCAAUUAACAGAGACAAAUCAAAGCCUGCAGAGCCAACUUGAUGAUAUUAAGAAGCAAAAGAAAAGCAGUGAUCAAAUAUAUCCAGAUAUUCAUCAGUUAAAAAAAGAACAAGAAAGGGAAAUUGUUGAAGAAAGACUCGCUAAGAAUAAAGCAGUUGAAGAAAUGCUGAAAAUAAAAGCAGAAUUAAAAGAAGUUAAGGAUGUCCUUUCAGACAAAGAGGUAAACUGGAUUAAAAUAUUGGAAGAAUUAGAAAGGACAAGGACUCUGGAAUCAAAAGCCUUCCAGGAGAAAGAACAGUUGAGAUCCAAGUUGGAAGAAAUUUAUGAAGAAAAAGACAAAAUCUUACAGGAGACUAACAUGCUAAGAAAGCAAGUGGAAUUUCUUGCAGAAGAAAAUGGAAAAUUAGUAGGUCACACAAACCCAAACCAGAAGAUUCAAUACCUGGUAAAACUGAAGAAAGACAAUGCCAGACUCACUGAAGAAGCUGAAAAAUUACGUGUGGAAAAUAUCUUUUUAAAAGAAAACAGGAAAUUUGAGAUUUGUCGAGAUUCUGGUCAGAUACCCUAAAAGUCAUCGUGGCUUAGGAGUUUGUUUCCUUUGUCAUAAAAAAUGAACUGGCAGCUCAAAAUAUAAUGGAGCAUUUUGUCUCCUUUUCAGAAGCCUUCCGAUGCCAUUCCAAUUCCUACAUCUCAGGGUGCUUGGAAAAUACCUUCCAACUUUAAAUGUUGGAGACGGUUUGUUUGUUUUGUUUUGUUUUUUUCAUUUUGAAAAUAAAACCCAGCCUAUAACUGGUUUAUAUGGAGACUUUGGUGCUACCAUUAUUUUUCAUUUUUACUUGAGGCUCCUGGUUGUGGAAGUCACUCAGUGUGCCUCAGUCUUCUCUGCUCUUUUCUCUAGUAUUUUUUUAAUGAAUGUUCAAAAGCGGCUUUUCUAAUUACUUAUGUUAACAUCUUAUUUUGGUUUUUGAGACUCCUCUGGUUUUACUGGGUGUAUUCACCAUGUUUACAAAAUUUGACGAGAUUUUUAUUACUUGUCAUGUGUUGAGCAGAAAAUACUUCUUCUAGCACUAUGUACUAGCAAAGUAUAUCUGUGAAACUAAUAAAUAAAACAUUGGAAAAUUUAUACUUUU